UCUUCUUACAUCUUAUCUCAAGAUUGUAAGAUCCUGUCGCCUCACAGCGACAUAAUUACUAUUCAAAGUAAUAUAAGCGUAAUCACUACCAUCUUAUUACUUUCUCUGGCUAUUAGAGAUAUCACUGUGAAGGGUACCAAUGGAACAGUAUCGCAGACACAGAAGCUUAAUGCAUUCAAGCAGAGGGAGCUCUUCAAUGGCAACCUUGUCCAUUGUUUCGCCGCUAUCUUCCAGGUAUCAAGGACGACCUUCUCCAGUCCAGCAUCAACAAGGACGACCUUCUCCAGUCCAGCAUCAUCAAGGACGGCCUUCUCCAGCCCAGCAUCAUCAAGGACGACCUCUUCCAGUCCAACAUUUGAAGGAAAGGCCCUUUGGUACAGUUUCUAUGCAAUUUAAAGAAAAUCAUUGUUUCAAUUCAACAAGUAUGCGCAAACUACACCGCAUUUCUUGCCAGGAGAGAGAUUCGGAUUCUGCAUCUAUGAGGGCAUUGGAAUCUUCAGAAAAACAUUCAAUGGAAUCUUUCAAGGUUGGGAGAAGGGAGAUUGUACUGCAGAGCACUGAAAUAGCCGUGUUAGCAGCUAUAUUCAAUUUUGGUGGGACAAAGCCUAAUUAUAUUUGCGUACAGAAGAAUCCUCCAUCUUUGGCAUUAUGUCCUGCAACUCAAAACUGUAUCUCAACAGCAGAGGAACUAAAUGAUUUAAGUCAUUAUGUUCCACCUUGGAAUUAUAAUCCAGAAGAUGGACGUGGAAGAAAAAAGCCAGCGUCUAAGCAACAAGCAAUGUCUGAGCUACUUGAAGUGAUUAAGACUACAAAACCUGAUAAUUUUAUGCCACAAAUAGUAGAGAAAAAUGACGACUAUGUUCAUGUGGAGUAUGAAAGCCCUAUAUUGGGGUUUGUAGACGAUGUCGAAUUUUGGUUUCCUCCAGGCAAGCGUCCAAUUGUUGAGUAUCGUUCUGCUUCCCGACUAGGAAACUAUGACUUUGAUAUCAACCGAAAGAGAAUCAAGGCUUUGCGGCUGGCAUUGGAGAAAAAAGGUUGGGAGUCUGUUGGUUAUUAAGCAUCCAGAUCUCUUGGGCAUUUGGUUUUGCUACAAACCCCAAUUACAGAUUAUGUUUGGUGGCUGCUCAAAACCAUUCGUAAUAGAUAUUAAAAAAGCGAGCUUGCAGUUGUCACAUUCUGCCACUUAAUUGAUCUUUCUAAAGUUAUGACAGAAUGGAAACAUCAAAUAACUUUAGUUUAUAUCUAUCUGUGAAAGCGAUUUCUUUGAGGAAGUCACGUUAAAAUUGCCUGUAUUGUACUUUUGAAAAAAGAUUAAACAUCUUAUUUUCUUCUAUUGCAUCCUGUAAAAUUUAUUGGCAUAAUAUUUUUUAUCUACUAGAAAUUCAUUUAUGGAAAAGGUGUAAAUGAUGUUAAUGACCAUUAAUAGUAUGAGUGGCAAAGAAUAAGAUGGUGAGAA